AUGUUUCCCUUUUUAUUACUACCAAAUGAGUUACGUGUUCAAAUUGUUGACUGUCUUGACGUCUCUACAAGAUUGAAAUGUUUAAAAGUUAAUAAAAUUUUACGAGAGAAUCUUGGGGUGAUCGGGUUGUUGCCGAGUCAGCUCGAGAGCAUCGCAAUUGAUUGCAAACUUUACGGAAAACUGAUCAUUCGUCUAAUCGACACGAAUUUUUCAAGCAUUCAGCUACAUCGUUCAGCGAUUUAUGAAGCCUUCGAAGACAGCCCACAAUUUGAAGUGAAAUUUGAUGGAGACAAAGACAUCUAUUGUUUCCCAAUAAAUUUGGCGGAAAUUAUUCUCGAAAAAUGGGAGGAUCGAGCCCGAGCGAAAACGUUGACCAUUUCAGCAGAAGAGGCAUUUGUUGAGACUGUUGAUAACAUUGGAAUUCGAAGAACCACCUACCUGGCAUAUGCAGACAAUCUAGAAAUCCACUUCAAAUUUCUACCCGUUUUAGAAAAAUGUGCUAAUUCGCUAUUGAAAUCAUUUGGACUUCAUAUCUUGAAGAUUUCGAUCAAAAUGAUGAUCUUCAGAAGCUUGUCACCCUUUUCCAAAUUC